AUGGAUGUUUGCAUUUCGAAAUGCGUUCGGAUCUGCACCCCCAGGGAGGACGCAUGGGACAGCCACGGGCGGGGGCGGCGCAACCGCACCAUGCAGCGGCGGGAGCGCUUCAGCAUGAGCGACGAGUCGGACUCGGACUACUCCGCGUCGGACGAGAGGGGCGGCGGCGGCGGCGGGGUUGGCGGCGGCGGCGCGGGCGGCGACGACGACGACGAUGAUGAGGAGUUUGUGCCCGACGCGGAGAGGCAGUCCGACGACGAGGAGGACGACGACGAGGACGCUGAGCUGGACGCUGAGAUGAUGAGUCAGCUGCGCGCGGAGGGCGCCGCCGCCAACCGCGGCCGCGGCGGCGGCAGCAUGGCGGCGAUGGCGGCGGCGGCGGCGCGGCGGCGGGCGUUCGAGGCCGGGCUGCCGCCUCUGAUAGAGAACAUGCACGCCGGCGUCCAGGGCAUGCGUGUGUACGGCCUCAACGCCCAGGAGCGCGCCGGCCUUCUCGACGCCUUCCUCGCGUUCGGCCUGCGCCCCGCCGCCAGCGGCGACCCCGCGGACGUCUUCAAACACAUGUCGGACGCCGCGCCGGGCAAGAACCUCAAGCACAUCGCGCAUUACGUGAAUCUGCUGCUGCGCCACACGUCCGUGCCCGUGGUGGCCGGCACGGACACGUUUCCUGACGGCGUGCCGCGCGCGGCCACGCUCGGCGCAUACAAGGCGUCGCAGGUGGGGAUCGAACCCCCGCCCGCAAUUUCUCCCUCACCCUCCGCGCCCGGCCCCGGCCCCUGCAAGAAAGCAUGCCCGGACCCAGAGAGGGGUUAA